CCUGGGGCCACACAGUGUUUUCAACGGGACUCAAAUAACUACUUACUGGAAUCGCCAUGGCCGCUUGACCCAGGCAGAAAUACCCUAGGUCCCGUUAUAAUUUCUUCAACAAACAUUUACAGAAACUUUUCCCGGACAAACUUUCGUCUUUUGUGUAGUUUUUAUGUCCAGAAAGAAGAAGGAUGCAACCCCCACCGAGAAAGGUCCGGGUCACCCAGGAGCUGAAACACACUCAUGCAGAGCAGAUGAGCAGAUUACAAAUCAAACACCAGACAGAGUGUGACCUCCUGGAAGACCUGAGGACUUUUAGCCAAAAGAGGUCCGCAGUAGAGAGGGACUACGCCCAGGCACUCCAGAAGUUGGCGAAUCAGUAUCUAAAGAAGGAAUGGCCGGAGAGUCUGACAGAGGAACAAACGGAUCAGAGGAACAUGUAUUGUGUAUGGCGGGCCUAUUUGGAGGGCACGGUCCAGGUCACCCAGUCCAGAAUCAGCGCCUGUGAUAACUACAAAGUCCAGGUGGCAGAUCCUGCAAAGACGGUCCGACUUCAGAAGGAGCAGCAGCUGAGGAAGUGUAUUGAUCAGCUGACGGUGGUUCAAGCGGAGCUGCAGGAGUCCGUGAAGGAGCUGACGAAGAGCCGGAAGAAAUACCAGGAGGCCGAGACCAUGGCUCAGGCCGUCCGAGAGAAGGCCGAGCUGGACGCCAAGUCCAGGCUAAGUCUCUUCCAGUCCAGAUCAAGUCUUCAGAGAGCAACCGUCAAGCUGAAAGCCAAGAGAAGCGAGUGCAACUCCAAAGCAACACACGCCCGUAACGACUACAUUCUCAUGCUAGCAGCCGCUAACGCUCACCAGCAGCGCUACUACAACACAGACCUCAUGGACUGCAUCAAGGUGUUAGACGGCAGGAUCUAUGAGCAGGUGAAGGAUUACCUCGUCUCACUGUGUCAGACGGAGCUGGAGAGUUACCAGGCCGUCCACAACACCUUCAACCAGCUCCUCAACAGCUCCAACGGGGUUCUGCAGGAGUUCCACCAGCAGCUGUUUGUUGAGAAGAACCUCAUGUUUCAGCAAGCCCCGGACUUCAUGUUCCAGCCCAGCGACACAGAUACGGUGCUGGAGCUGCAGAAAGAGAGCGGCACGACGGAGGAGCAGAGUCUGGAUAAAGAGGCGAGGAAAUGGGCGAGUCGCGUGGCCCGAGAAUACAAGAGCAUCAUCCACACACAGCGGGCUAUGGAGGGAUACGGGACGCAGGAGUCUACAGAGCAGAACAACACUGAGCUGGAGACCAAGAUGGAGGUCGCCAGGCAGAGUCUCCGGAGGGCAGAGACGGUGAAAGUGAAGGCGGAGGCUCGUCUGGAGUUGCUUCGGCUGGCGGGUAUUGCCGUGGAAACGUGGCUGAAGAGCGCCAUGAACCAAGUGAUGGAGGAACUGGAGAACGAGCGCUGGAACAACCUCAAUACCCAUGAUCCUUCACUCUCUGGAACGGCGGAUUUGGAGCGAGAGGACGAGGAGGAGAUGGAGGACAGCGGGGACGUUUUAGACGACAGCAGCUCGAGUCCCUCCAGCACCUUGAAGAACUAUCCGCUCACCUGCAAAGUCCUCUACUCCUACAAGUCGUCGCAGCCAGAUGAGCUGACCAUCGAGGAGCAGGAGAUCUUGGAGGUCAUUGAUGACGGAGACAUGGAGGACUGGGUCAAGGCCAGAAACCGCAGUGGGCUGGUGGGCUACGUCCCGGAGAAAUACCUGCAGCUGCCCUCCUCCAACAGUCUGCUCAGCAUGCUGCAGGCUCUCGCUGCUCUGGACGCUCGCUCUCACUCCUCCAGUAAUUCCACCGAGCCGGAAACUGAACUCCCAACAGGAUCCGUCAACGGAGACUCCAGCGUGUCGUUUGCGAAGGCGCUGUACGACUACGCGGGACAAACAGAGGACGAGUUGUCGUUUCCGGAAGGCGCCAUCAUCCGGAUCCUGAGCAGAGAAACCCACGAGGACGACGGUUUCUGGGAGGGGGAGUUUAACGGGGUUGUUGGUGUUUUUCCCGCCGUCCUAGUGGAGGAUCUGACUUGCGGUAGCGAGAACGGAGACGGACAAAAAGAUGGCGGCAGUGCACAGGCGUCCCCCUCCCCGUUGGCUCAGAUCGGAGGAUCCCCUCGCAGCCCCUUCCAGCCUCUGCACAGCAGCCCCCUGCAGACCCCCACCCUGCAGACCCCCACCUCCACCCUGACCCCCACCCUGCAGACCCCCACCCUUUCCUCCCCACUCUCCAGCCCCAGCAGCGCCUCCGCCUCCCCUACAGGACGACCCCCCUCCUACCACAACGGACACCACAGGCCCCCCCCAGCCCCCCACAAAAGCCCCUUUCAGAGUCCGGUCCAAGGCUCCCCUCAACCCCCCAAAUACCCAGAGAGCAGCUCCGGCACCAUUCGACCUGUCCGUGCCGCCCCCCCGCCCCCGAAGCAGCACCCUCGCGGCCAGGUGAAGCGCAGAGAGGAGGUGGAAAUCACUCUGGUGUGAAGGCGUGGACACCCUGGAGGUGACGACUGUUUUUAAACCAGAGAGGACUUCUUCACGGCUCAGAACGCACUCCCAAAGGAACCCAGAGGAAACACCUGAAGGCCUUUUAUCUUUCAUCUCCUCACCGGGGUCAGUGUGCUGCAGAGGAUCAUUUGUGCCUUUCUCUGAACUAUACUCGCAUCCUUCAAAAAGAGCAGAUAUGAUCCAUUUUAUUCACAGUUAUACAUCCUCUCUAAUCCAUCAUGUCCAGCUCUUCACAGUCCUGACUAAAUGUAUUGAUAACAGUCAGAAUACCUGCUGUUAAGUGUCCUGAAAUAUCAGUCCUGGUAUCGGUUUUCAAAUUCUAUGCUCAUAGUAAAUGAUAUAGUGAUGACUGGCGGAUAAUACAAUGUAUUUUACCCAUACAGUAAAACCUGUUAAAUGCAAGAAUCAAUAGAAAAGGUGAUUCUGCUCCACACAGGGAGGAUUUACGGAUCAGUUAUUGUCAUUAUGCUUUCUUGAUUGCACAAUGAAAUGCAGUUUUAGCCCAGUUUUUGUGUAAAAAGCAGCAACAAACAACAAUAGUGAAUUCUCUGGGCAGAUUAUAUGUCCAACAUUAAACAUUAAAAACCAGCGAAACACUGUUUGCACAACUUUGGUGCAUCAAUAAUGUAAACAAAGUCUGCCUCCGCUCUUUCAACCCGAGAGGCGUCGAGCAGAGAGCAUAACAACGGCUUCUACUGUAAAAAUGAGAUUGAUAUUAAUUUUAAGUCAAACCCUUUGUGAGAAAAUGUAUAAUAUGUUCCCAAAAAAGCUUCAGAUCCUUCAGUUAUAUGAUUGGACAGAGUGAUUUAUACCCCAUAAAUAAUGAGAAACACAAUCAUUAUUAUGAGAAAACCUGUAAAUGGAGGGCUACAAAGUCAUAAACCUUCAGUAUUGAUGUAUUUUAAUGAGGAUAUAAAAAGGGCCGGACAAUAUUAUGUUAAUAUUGUGAUAUGAGACUCAAUAUCGAUUCAUUUUUUUGGUUAUAAUAUCAAAUACUUUCCUGGUUUUGAAGGCUUCAUUACUUCAAAGAAAUGUCAUCUUAAAGGUCCCAUGUCACGGCCAUUUCUACUGAUCAUGUUUCCAUUGUUGAGGUCUACUAGAAUAGAUUUAUAUUGUUCAAUGUUCCAAACUCACAUUGGUUUCUCAUACAGCAUCUCUGUAUAGUAUGUGUAUUCACUCUCUGUCCUACACGGCUU